AUGCAAUUCAAAGCACAGGUAGAUAGUGUCAAGGCGUUAUGUAUGUCAGUAAGCUUACCGAAGAUAGAAAUCAUGAAAUUUGACGGGAGCCCUCUGAAAUUUUGGACGUUCAUGAAGGGAUUCAAGGUUAACAUAGCUGACAGAGUAAAUGAUGACACUCAGAAAUUAAUGUACUUGAUACACUAUUGCGAAGGUAUAGCAAAGGAUGCUAUAGAACACUGUGUUUUAUUACCAGAAAAGGAAGGUUAUACUGAGGCAAUUAAGCUUCUACAUGAACGGUUCGGCAGACCACACGACAUCGUAGAAGCCUUCUUAACAGAACUCUUAAGUGGAUCACCAUUGAAUCAAGACGACAUAACUGGCCUACAGAAACUGACAAGACUCAUGACUAAUUGUAAGAUAGCCUUGUCACAGAUGGGCAGGAAUACUGAUCUGAAUUGUUCGACCAACAUAAAACGAAUAGUGAAACAGCUACCACGUAGUAUGCAGUUUAAAUGGGCGGAGGCCGCGGACGAUAUUUUAAGAAAGGGGCUAGAGCCCAAUUUUGAUGAUUUAUUGCAAUUCUUAGAAAAGAAGGUGUCAAUCGCCACAAACACAUACGGACGGUUAGCAAGCGGAAGCUAUAAAGCUCAAACGAUAUCGAACAACCGGUCGGCUUCCAUAAGAGCUAAGAUCCAUACUUCGUUGAUUAAAGGGACAGUCCAUUGUGUAAUUUGCUCCGAUGCCCACGAAGUCGCAUCCUGCCCUCAGCUGUUGUCAGUGAGUCACAACGAAAAGGUAGAAUUGUUAAAGAAGUUUAAACUUUGCUUUAAUUGCUUAAAACCCAAUCAUCGAGUCACAGAAUGCAGACAGCCCGUGUUGUGUGAAAUUGAUGGAUGCAAGCGACGCCAUCAUAGAAUUCUUCACAACACAGAACCUGAUGUUAAACGAGCAUAUUGUAACUCUACUCAUACUACUAGGACGUAUUUAGGCUUUGUUCCAGUCAGACUACAUGGUCCCACAGGUUAUGUGGAUACCUAUGCACUGUUAGAUAAUGGCUCGGAUUCGACAUUACUGCUUAGUGACGUAGCAAAGCAGGUAGGAAUUUCUGGUGCAGGGACAAGAUUAAACAUAUCUUCAGUAAUUGGAGCGUCAUCUCAGAACGCUGAACUUACCAAUUUCGAAAUUGAGUCUUUAGAUAAGACCAACCGAAUAAAAAUCGAAGGUGCAUAUACUAUAGAUAACCUACCUAUUAAAAGAGCAGAAAUCCCACCAACGGACUUCCAAGAAAGAUGGAAACACUUGAAAGGUGUACAACUACCCUCCAUAGCCUGUGACAAGGUUGGUUUGUUACUUGGUGUUGACGUUCCUGAGGCCCACUGGGUACUCGAUCAGCGUAUCGGAAAACCUAAACAACCCUAUGCUUCACUAACCAUGUUAGGGUGGGCUUUAUUUGGACCAACGGGUCAACCUAAUAAAACUUCAGUCUUCAUAAACUGUUUAGAAGCAAAGAGUUCUAUCGAGGAUGGACCCACGCCGCCCCUUACUUUGACCACAGUAGCGCCUGAAAACUCUUCACAUCGUUUGUUGCCGUUCAUAGAUGAUCCUGGUUUAUGCCUUAAGCACUCUCCUGAUGUGGCACUCUUAGUCGAUAAUGAUGAUGUACGCUCACUCAUAGUAGCAGCAGCCGCUGUUGAGACUGAAGAUUCCAGGGUUCAUCAAGGCUUACCGUCAGUUCGUUCUUCUGGAUUUAACACUCCACCUGAUUCAAGAAGUAACCGACUUAUAGACACCUUUGAUUCUGUAUCUAAAGCGACAGACGAGAAUUUAAUGGAUUUAGAACAAGUUAUUUCAUUACCAGCUGUUGACGGUGAGUACCUUCUAAAAACUAUCAACGAUAGUCACGUCGAUACAGUAGUGAAUAUUGACCUUAGAUGUAUUUCUCCUCCAGACAAAAUUCUUCCAACAGAUAGCGGCGAGUUAAUGUCAUCGAAAACAUCUGUUAUGUUCUCUGCCGAAACAGAUCUCCCUAGUGUUUCUGACGUGAACGAUAGUGCUAAGUCUGUGAUACUACUACACGAGUCAUCAAUUAGUUGCAAAGCAACAACAACUCAGUUCUCUGCAAAUACGAAACUUGUAUCUCCUGUAGUGGCGUCUGCUGAAAGUUCUAUUGACAUCAAGCAUGAAACAGAGAAUCAGAAAGAUGAUUGUUUUAUUCAGUAUGCUGCUGAUGAUAAGAAGUUUAAGACAACUGUAUCCAUGUCUCCUUUAGUUGGGUUAGACAAGCAGAUACAACAUCCAUUACCAGACUUUAAGGAUAGUAGAGUAGCCAAAGAAAUGACUCACCGGAACAUAGAAUGGCACCAUAACACUCCUUACGCAAAUCAUCAUCGAGUAUGGGAAAGAUUAAUAGGAAGCAUACGCAGACUUUUGAGCGCAGUAUCUAUGUCCUACGAGACACUCACCACCUGUUUGACUGAAGCAGAAAGAAUACCUAAUGAUAGACCACUCUUACAGACGCGAACAAAAUGGACACAAGGAAGACGAGAUUUACAAGUUCUCGGUCCAGUCUUGAUUAUUGAGGACACUUAUGCACGAAAUAACUGGUCUAAACGCCUCGUGGUAAGUUUUGACCCAGGAGGAGAUGGUCUAUGGAACCAAGUGAAGAUCAGAACGUGGAAGGGUACAAUUAUUAGAGGCAUAUGUAAAAUUUGUUUAUUAGAAGGAGCUGAUGACCGAAAAGUAGAGGAUAGAGAGACUUUUCAGAGUGACUGUGGCUAG